AUGACAGAGAGGCUCCAGAAUGCCAAAAAAAAGUUCAAGAAUCUGAAAGAUGUGUACUACAGGACAAAAGCGGCGGUUAAAGGAAAGUCCAAGAGUGGCGCUGGGCUUGCGGAUAUCCCGACUGUGAAGUGGGCACACUUUGAAGAGAUGGCAGGGAUCGUCGAGCCAUUCUCGCAGUCUGCAGUGGUGUACUGCAGCCUACAACAUGAAGAAAAAAGCUCAAGCUCCACAAGCACGAGUGAACAGCCAUCGCCGCAAGCACAGGAGACGGGUCCCUCAACCGCCUCAAGUUCAGUUGUUGGCUGUGGCUUGGAGGAGUCACCUGCACAUGAGUCCUUCAUGGAUGCAGAGCCCAUAUCACCAGAGGAAGGGCUACCUGCUGAAAGGCCGCAGACAACACAGAAACGACAGAAGAGGCGCAGAUCAUCACAGGAUGCAGGAGAAGGCCGCAGCCACGAGUUGGUGGAGGCCUGUGUCGGCCACCUUGGUGCAUUAAGAGCUCUAAGAAGUGAAUCAAAGAGAGAUGAAAUAUAUCAUUUCUGCAUGCGAUUAGACUGCCGCCUCAGGGCCAUUCCAAAAGAUAGAUUCCAGAGUAUCAUGAACAGUUUUGACAACAUGCUAUAUCACGAAGAGCAGGAGUGCAGGGAUCUGGGGCUGACCGAUGUUCUAUAAAUCACAAUAUUGGUAGGCCUAGUGGAAAUUUAUUGAAAGAAUUUUGGAACUGCUUUUACACUAUGGGGCACAUCUCGGCCAAAUAUUUUGAGUCCCACAGCAGAACAGGGUUGUAAAGU